CGCAGCUCCCCAAAACGUGGGGAGGACACAAAGAUCAGGGCAACCUUAACGUGAGGUCUUCUGCACACUUCUUUCUCGUCUCUCCUUCCACACAAUCCCCAGAAGCAACAAAAACCCACCCAGUAAUCUAAUUGUUCGAGAGAGAUUGUAGCUUUCUAAUGCAGCGAUGGCCACGGUAAACUCCAAGUUAAAUUUGCCGUCUCUGGAGUGCCUCCAGUUCUAUCGCCACCGCCCGCCGCCGUGUGAGACUUGCUUCCGGCAGGCUAUAGUUGUCCGGGAUCCACUUGGCGUGAAGGGUAUUAGAGGAUUUGGGCUGAAACCGUGCAGGGCGUUUAGGCCAGAGAAGGGAGGUGAAUCUGAGAAGACGAAGAAGCAGAAGUAUUGGUGGGAAUCACAAAAAGGUGUCGAUAAUGUGGUCAAGCUUUUCAGGUCUGCUGUUUGGAGCUGCUCUAAGCCCAGUUUAAGGUCAGAUUAUAAAUUUAGGGAAGCUUUGGAGAAAUUGGAGGAUAACUUAUUCUUGUUGGCUUUAUAUGUUGGGAGAUUUAUUAUAACCAUGAUGAGCACCGGAGCUAUAUUGUUGAUUGGGUUUCAAUUGUCAGGCGGGGAUGAACAGAUGAACAAUGUGAUAUGGUAUAGUUGGCUUGGAGGAAUCAUCAUUGGGACAAUGGUUGGGUCCAAUAUGGUUUUGGAGGAAGCGAGUCGAGCUGGCCCACGAAAUGUUGUAAUAACGGGAAGUACAAGGGGAUUGGGGAAAGCUCUAGCUCGAGAGUUUUUACUCUCCGGAGACCGUGUUGUCAUUACCUCUCGCAGCCCGGAAUCGGUGAAUAUGACUAUCAAAGAGCUAAAAGAUAAUCUAAAUCAAAUUGUGAGAAGUACACCUGGCUCACCUAAGAAUAAAUGGGCACAUGCAAAAGUGGUUGGAAUCGCAUGUGAUGUCUCUCAACCUGAAGAUGUUCAGAAACUUGGAAAGUUUGCAGUUGAUGAACUUGGUUCCAUUGACAUUUGGGUAAAUAAUGCCGGGACAAACAAAGGUUUCAGGCCCUUGCUUGAUUUCACUGACAAUGACAUUCAAGAAAUAGUGUCGACAAACCUUAUAGGAUCUAUUCUUUGCACUCAAGAAGCCAUGCGGAUCAUAGCAUCUCAGGAUAAAGUGGGUCAUAUAUUCAAUAUGGAUGGUGCUGGUUCUGGAGGGUCUAGCACUCCUCUCACAGCUGUGUAUGGGUCAACAAAAUGUGGUCUAAGGCAACUUCAAGCAUCACUCUUCAAGGAGUGCAAGCGAACGAAUGUUGGAGUUCAUACUGCCUCCCCUGGGAUGGUUUUGACUGAUUUGUUGUUAAGUGGAUCAAGUGUUAAAAACAAACAGAUGUUUAACAUAAUAUGUGAGCUACCCGAGACUGUUGCUCGAACUCUAGUGCCACGGAUGCGGACUGUGAAAGGAAAGGGAAAGGCUAUUAACUAUCUGACCCCACCAAAGAUACUGUUUGCUUUGGUCAGUGCAUGGCUGAGAAGAGGCCGCUGGUUCGAUGACCAGGGAAGAGCUGUGUAUGCUGCUGAGGCAGAUAGACUGCGAAACUGGGCUGAAAACCGCGCUCGUUUGUCAUUCACGGAUGCCAUGGAAAUGUACUCAGAAGACACUUGGAUUUCUGUCUUCUCUCUUUCUGCCCUUUGUGCCUUCAUCAUUCUAUCAACCACAGGUUAGAAGAAGGUUUGGGUGCCCAAUCCAGGCCAGGAGGAUCAUGCCAACUAGAAGACAACUUGAGAUUAUCAAUGUAAGUUCAUGAUCUUCGAGAGAAGAGCAGAAGGGGAUCUGUUGAACAUUUAUUUUGGGAUUCGGAAAAUGUAUUUCAUCCGUCCCAAAAUAAGAGUGACAGUUUGUCUACACAAAGUUUAAGAAACUUGUAAAAAAGUAAGUGUGUAAAAAGUGUGGUUUGAUUUUUUUAAAAGGACAAUCUGAAAGAGAAAAGUGUUACGGAGUACUAUUCUUUCAUGCCAUUUUUGAAGGCGUUAAACCAAAAUACUACGCGGUAACAUUUUAAAGCAGCAUUUCUAAUAAUUUUCCUACAGAAGCAUGAAUUAUGCGCUCCAUACAAUUUUUUUGGAUGAACCCUUAGGUUCACUUAAUAAAUCAUGGACUUUCUU